GUGUCGAAAUGAGCUCGGAAAAGUGGGAAAACAAUGAGGAAAUCAAGAUUUUCCGGGAAUACUUGCGUAUACCCACGGUGCAUCCAGAUGUUGACUACACUGCCUGUGUGGAGUUCCUGAAACGUCAGGCUAGCUCCCUAAAUCUUCCUGUUGAAGUGGUUUAUCCUGCUGUUCAAACGAAGCCCGUUGUGAUCAUCAAAUGGGAAGGAAGUCAGCCCGAACUAUCGUCCAUUGUCCUCAACUCCCACUCGGAUGUGGUGCCAGUUUUUCGGGAGAAGUGGACCCAUGAACCCUUCUCCGCUGAUAUUGAUGAAGAGGGCAGAAUCUUUGCACGGGGUACUCAGGACAUGAAAUCGGUGGGCACUCAGUAUCUAGGAGCGAUUCGCCUGCUGAAAGCUAGUGGCUUCCAACCAAAAAGGACUUUGUAUGUAACCUUUGUUCCCGACGAAGAGACUGGUGGCCAGCUGGGCAUGGCGGAGUUUGUUAAGACGGAUUACUACAAGAAAAUGAACGUGGGAUUCAGUCUGGACGAAGGCGGCACCAGUGAAAGUGACGUUCAUCAUUUGUUCUAUGCCGAACGUUUGCGAUGGGGACUCAAACUGAAAGUCAGUGGAACUUCUGGUCAUGGUUCCCUUUUGCUGCCCAACACGGCAGGAGUAAAACUGAAUUAUCUGGUCAACAAACUGACUGAAUUCCGCACCUCGCAAGUGGAGAACCUUGCGAGGGAUUCCAGCCUCAGCAAGGGCGAUGUGACCACCGUGAAUCUUACCCAGUUAAGUGGCGGAGUCCAGAGCAAUGUGGUUCCGCCGCUGUUCGAGGCGGUCUUCGACAUACGGAUUGCCAUUACUGUGGAUGUGGUUGCCUUUGAGAAACAGAUUCGUGACUGGUGCGAGGAGGCUGGUGGCGGCAUUGAAAUUGAUUUCUUCCAGAAGGAACCUUAUGUGGGACCCACCAAGCUGGACAAUUCCAAUCCCUACUGGUUAGCUGUCAAGGCCGCAAUCGAUGAACUUGGAUUGAAGGUUCAUCCCAUUGUUUGUCCUGGCGCCACCGACAGUCGUUUCAUUCGAGAGAAGGGUACCCCGGCCAUUGGAUUCUCACCCAUUAUAAACACCACCAUGCGGAUCCAUGACCACGACGAGUUUCUGCAGGCUGAUGUGUAUCUUAAUGGCAUUGAUGUGUACAAGAAGAUUAUUCGCAAUCUGGCUCAAGUCUAAACAAAAUGUUUGAACUCCAUGGAUCGUUGUUAUAAUAAAGAUGGGCUAAUUACUUAA